UAAUGCCUUCGGUUAUCGAUAACAGUCUUGUUUUUUUUGUUUUGCCGAAUUUAAUGAAAACAUUGUGCGAGGAUAAAUCGCGGCAUCUGUCAAUUAAGCGGUAACACAAGGAUGGGGGACCAACAGCAGCUGAUCCUGGCCACCGGAGGCUACGAUCACACGAUAAAGGUGUGGCAGGCGCAUACGGGGAACUGCAUCAAGACCAUGCGAUUCGUGGAGACCUCGCAAGUCAACGCGUUGGACAGGACUCCGGACAAGACGCGCCUGGCGGCUUGCGGCUACCAGUGCAUCCGGCUGUACGACCUGGAGUCCAACUGCACCGCCCCGGUGAUCAACUUCGACGGGGUACAGAAGAAUGUGACGCGGCUGGGCUUCCAGGAGGACGGAAACUGGAUGUUCACCGCCGGCGAGGAUCACCACGUGAGGAUCUGGGACAUGGUCUCCGCCCCGCCGCACUGCUCAAGGGUGUUCGACUGCGAGGCGCCCGUGAACGCGGCUUGCCUGCAUCCCAACCAGGUGGAGAUCGCCAUAGGGUCGCAGAACGGCAGCGUCUUUCUGUGGGACGUCAAGUCGGAGCGCCACGAGAGGAUCGUGCCCGAGGUGGAUGCCUCCAUACAGGAUGUGGCCAUCUCGCCGGACGGCAGAUAUCUGGUGGCGGCCAAUAACAAGGGCAACUGCUACAUCUGGUCGCUGACCAGUCAGGAUCAGAAGAUGAGCACGCUGAGGCCCAAACAAAAGAUCACUCCCCAUAAGCGCUACAUACUGCGCUGCAAAUUCAGUCCGGACUCCAGGCUCCUGCUGACCACCUCGGGCGACGGAACGGUGGGUAUUUGGAAGACGGAUGACUUCACAAAAUGGCUCGAGCUGUGCAUCGAAAACUAUUGGGUCUGGGAUGCCGCCUUUAGCGCCGACUCCAAGUGGCUGUUCACCGCCUCGUCCGACGGCAUUGCCCGACUGUGGAACCUGAAGGAAAAGAAAACCACCAGGGACUAUACCGGCCACACCAAGGCCAUCACUGCCCUGUCCUUCAAAGACGAGAUUGUGGGCAAAUAGUAGUAGCUAGGCGCUAGAAUUUAGGCAAUUUGUAAGCUUUGCGAUCUGCGUGUCGCCAUCAAGAGUCCUGCUGAGUUGAUUGUCUCCAGGUGGGUGGAUGAUUGUCUCCUGAUGGAUUCUCACGUAAGUCUCCACAAAGGGCAGUAAGAACUAUUGAACUAUUGCCAUUAUACAAGCCGAAGUCCUUUUUAUACAGAACUUUAAUCAAUAUACAGCUGAAAGCUCAUUUAACAUCUAAACUCAUUUUAAUGUAAAUGAAUCCUGCUUGAAGACGGCUAAAUUUAAUCAUUUAAAUGUUUAUAACUAUUGCCCAUGCCAAGAGGGGUUUAUCCGUUCUAAUUGUUUUCAAAAACUGCCAGCUUUGCUCAUAGUCCUCUUUGAUAUAUUUUCUAUAUACCUGCCUAUAUUCAAUGAUCCUAAAAAUCAGAGUGGUUAUAUAUUCCAUCGAGAUAGUUCACAAACCGCCAAACAAGCGAGACAAUCGUUGGGAACCAAGUCAUUCAAUUGCUCUGUCAAAUAAUUUCUCAAUUUUUGGCACUACAGACAGUAGCGAUGACUCCAAAUACGCAACACACCAACCAGAACUGAAGCAUCAUCAAAACAACACCCACAAUUCAACAGAGAAAUGAGAAUACCUCUGAAAAUGAGCGCUUGGCUUUUGUAGCGACUUUUUCAUAAUUUAUAAACCUUUGAUACAUAAUUAUAGUACGACUAAAUCGUGUGUAUGCAAAAUGCAAUUUGAAUAAAAUCUUACGGGCAUAAAAGUACA